AUGGCGGAGCGGGGCUGCCCCCGUGCCGCGCGUGGGGGACGCGCCGGGCCGGGCGGGCGCGCCGUACCCGGACCAGAGGCAGAGGCGCCGCGGGGAAGCCGCACCGUACGAGGGUCUCUGGAGCGCCGGCGCUGCCUGUACCUGCGCACGGGCCGGGCCUGCUGCCAGAUGGUGGAGGUCCUGCUCGCCGCCCUGAUCCUGGUCUGCAGCUCCGUGUCUUGCGGCUCGGCGGGAGGAUACACCGGCCUCCCCGCCCUGGGAGGCAUCUACUACUACCAGUACGGCGGGGCCUACAGCGGCUUCAGCGGAGCGGAUGGGGAGCGAGCCCAGCAGCUUGACCAACGUUUCUACCUACUGAAGCUGCCCAUUGCAAGGGCAGCCAUGGCCGUGGCAGGGUGUCUCCUGGUCUUCCCUUGUGUUCUUAUUUUCGUUGGUGUUCUGCGGGUCCCGUGGCACUUCCCAGCAUGGCUGCUAAUUGAAUGCAUCCUGUAUAUAGUGAUUGCAGUUGGCACACUUCCUGCUCUGUACUAUUUCCUCCAUUCUCUGCUCAGCGUUUAUAAUUCAUCAGUAUGCAAAGAGAGAGAGCAGCUUUAUCAAAGCAAAGGCUAUCAGGGCUUCUGGUGCAGCCUGCAUGGGGCAGAGAUUGCUGCUGGCCUCUUGGGUUGCUUGGCUGCCAUGGCAUACCUGCUUAGUGCAGGCCUAGCUGUCAGAGAUUACAGAACAGUUCAUGAACAGAAACAGAAGCCACUGCAAUUAUAAGAGCUUCCUCCAUUCCACUCCUUACUGAAAUGAAGCAAUAUGCUUUCCUUUCUUUCGGACAGAACAUGCUACAGAACACUCAUCAAGCUGGCAUAGCUCUAAAUAUGGUAGUCAGGCUAUUCCUAAUUUGAAUUUGCAUUACUGAAUUAUUAGUGGCUCAAAGCUGAUGCUAUGGGUUGUCUCUGCUUCACAGGCAGCCCUUCCAUGCCACUCUCAGAUGUCCCCUUCUCCAGUGAGGCCUUGCUACAAGUACUGCCACUACAUCCUGCCAACGAACAGAAGCUGCAACUGUCUUUACGAAAGGCAUGUGGCUUUGCUGAGAAAAGAGCUCUUAAAAACUCUUAAAAAACCAUCUUAAAAGUGAUGGAGACUCACGGUUGUGACAGCUAAAUAUUGCUUCCUUGUAGGUCUCUUGGAAUUAACAGACCAGUGUGAAUAUGACAUUUAUAAGGCCAUGAAAAAAAUCCUGAAAAAAACUUGCAAUAACUAACUUGUGAUACAAUACCUUUUCAAACUCCUGGAGAGGGAGAAUUUUUGUAUUAAAUGGUCUUUUUAUAUAACUUGUAUACAAGAGUUUUGAUUUAAAAGGUGCCCUGAAUUGGGAUAAUCAAGACAAAAGCUUUAUGAGAUCAAAUGGGUGAUUGAAUAUAGAAGUAUAUUGUUUUCAAAAUACAUUUUCAAUGUACAAGUUGGAGAAA